AUGCAGGGGGAACAAAGUCCAGCAGCUUCCCUCAUUGAUCGAACCAUCAAGAUGAGAAAGGAAACCGAAGCAAAGAAAGUGGUCUUGGCCUGGGGGCUUCUGAACCUGUCAGUUGCUGGCAUGAUUUACACUGAAAUGUCUGGAAAACUAAUCAGUUCAUAUUAUAACAUUUCAUCCUGGUUACUAUGGUAUAUUGAGCUUGUCUUGGCGUCUCUGUUCAGCCUCAACGCCUUAUUUGAUUUCUGGAGAUACUUCAAGUACACCGUAGCCCCCACCAGCCUGGUCAUGAGUCCUGGGCAGCAGUCUCUCCUCGGGCUGAGGAACGCGGUGGUCCAGACCACUCUGCCGCAUGAGCUGGUGCCAAAGAGGACUCCUCCUUCCACGACCUCGUCUCCGAUCCAGGGCCAGAGCGUGCUGAGUUAUAGCCCUUCCCGCUCUCCGAGCUCCAGCCCCAAGUUCGCCUCCAGCUGUACGUCCGUCUACAGCCCUCAACUUCAGUCUCUGUCUGGCGGGAGCGGAUCCUUCAGCGCCUCCAUGUCCUAUUCACCAGGCAGCAGCUACAACAAGGGGCCACCUUUCAGCCCGUCUCCAGGUGCUUCUCCGUAUCCCACCAGCAUUGGUCCGAUGGACGCCAGUGGAGUGAGGUCUCGGUACCGCUCAUCGCCGACGGUCUAUAAUUCGCCGACUGGCAAGGAGGACUACAUGACGGACCUCAAGUCGCUCGAGAGCUUUCUCCGAAGCGAGGAAGAGAAACAGCACAGAGUUCAGCUGGGUAGCUCGGAUUCCAGCUCUCCUUCCAGCAGCCCCACCUUCUGGAACUACAGCCGGUCCAUGGCGGACUACGCCCAGAUGCUCAGGAAGUUCCAGUACCAGUUGGCGUGCCGGUCUCAAGCGCCUUCAGCCCACAAAGAUGAAGCCGACCUGAGUUCCAAGCAGGCUGCUGAAGAGGUGUGGGCAAGAGUCUCCAUGAGCAGGCAGCUACUGGAUCACAUGGACUCCUGGACGGCCAAGUUCCGAAACUGGAUCAAUGAGACCAUUUUAGUGCCUCUCGUUCAAGAAAUCGAGUCCGUGAGCACUCAGUUGAGAAGAAUGGGCUGCCCGGAGCUACAAAUCGGAGAUGCCAGUAUCAGCAGUCUGAAGCAAGCGGCCCUGGUGAAGGCGCCGCUCAUUCCCACGCUGAACACAAUCGUGCAGUACUUGGACCUUACGCCCAACCAAGAGUAUUUGGUCGAAAGGAUCAAAGAGCUUUCUCAAGGUGGGUGCAUGAGCUCGUUCAGAUGGAACCGAGGCGGGGACUUCAAGGUGCGCAAAUGGGAUACCGACUUGCCCACCGACUCAGCGAUCAUCAUGCACGUGUUCUGCACGUACCUGGAUUCUCGGCUGCCGCCACACCCCAAAUAUCCCGAUGGGAAAACUUUUACCUCCCAGCAUUUCAUUCAAACACCUGACAAGCCAGACGUUUUGAACGAGAACUUGUUUUGCGUCUAUCAGAGCAGUAUCAAUCCCCCCCACUAUGAACUCGUUUACCAGCGACACGUCUACAAUCUACCCAAGGGCAGAAACAACAUGUUCCAUACCUUGCUUAUGUUCCUGUACAUCAUCAAAACUAAAGAGUCUGGGAUGUUGGGACGGGUCAAUCUGGGCUUAUCCGGCGUGAACGUUCUGUGGAUUUUUGGAGACUAAGAUAACUUGCCGGUCGGUACAAUAG